UCCAGUCUCCAGUAAAAUUUUUGACUUCCCCCGGUACAGUUCAGCCAUGAUGAUUAGUUAGUAGCUAGUUAGUGGAUUCCUUUAGUUUAUUCUUUAUUUAUUCAGUAUUGGUUGGGAUUCGGUUGAAUAAUAAAUAACAGGGGCAACGGACAAACAAACGAAAAAAAACGUGUGUGACUUUGAAUUCACAGUGUGAUAGAAGUGAGGGGGUGGUGUGAAAAAUGAUAAUAAACAAAGAAUCCAUUCCCUACAGAAUGGGAUUAUCUCCGCUGUACUUCCUUCCGCCUGCGCCGGCCAACGUGACAAACGAGCGGCUUGGAAACUUUCCAAUAACGCCACCGUACCAUCAGCAAUACGAUUACGUCCUGCCCAAGGCAGCGAUGCAGCAGUCCUCGUCAGCUUCUUCGUCCUUUGCUGCGGCCGCCGCCUCAGCCGGAUUCGACAAUGCCGGGCACGGUCCGGGUCAAUCGCUAUAUUAUUACAUGAAUGCAGCCGGAAAGGAGGAAAUUACAUCGGUUCCAUUAUCGCCACCGCACACGCCGCCGCUGCUUUUUGGGGCCAACUCAAUCGGCGGUGACCGGCCAACCGGAAAUGGCUCUACCGAUGCCGGCGUCGGUGACACCUCCACACUUACAGCAUCCGCCACGAUGGCUGCCAUGGCCGUUGCAUCCGCUGCCAAUCAAUACGGAUUAUCGAAUCUGCAGCUGGCAGCAGCAGCGACUGGCGGCGAUGGCCAAUCGAAUUAUGGUGACGACGAUGGAGAAUUUCGGUCUAGUGGACGCUCGCCAGCCAAUAAUUAUUUUAAAAAUGCCAAUGGGUUCGAUGAGGAUAAUCGUAGCCAGCAGGGUCAGCAGGGAUCGACCUUGGUCUGGCCGGCACCGCCGAUGACUACUCGGAACUCCGUCAUCAUGAAGGUGGAGAAUCAGCAAGUAGUGCCGUUGAUCGACGAGAAGGGCUCCCGGACGAUCGAAAAGUUCGUCUGCCGCUGGGAAAAUUGUUAUUGUGUAUUUUUCAAACUGGAGGACCUGGCCAGCCAUGUUACCCAGAAGCACGCCGUGGUGGGCCUUGGAGGCCUGUAUUAUUGUCGUUGGGAGGAUUGUCUGAGGCAGGACCGUGGCUUCAAUGCCCGCUACAAGAUGUUGGUCCAUGUGCGCACCCACACCAAGGAAAAGCCACACGAGUGUGCCAAGUGUGGAAAGUGUUUUUCCCGGGCGGAAAAUUUGAAAAUUCAUCUGAGAUCUCACUCCGGUGAGAAGCCGUACGUCUGCCCCGUUGAGGGCUGCAACAAGGCCUACUCCAACUCGUCGGACCGUUUCAAGCACACCCGCACCCACUCGAACGAUAAACCGUAUGUGUGUAAGGUUCCCGGAUGCCACAAGCGCUACACCGAUCCGUCAUCGUUGCGCAAGCACGUGAAAACCUUCAAACAUAUCAACCUGCUGGUGGAUUACCAAUCAGAUUUGGCGUCGUCGUCAUCGUCCGGCGUUGGUUUCGUUCCCCAAAUCCAUCAGCACCUGCAGCAGAUGGCCUCGGCCCUUGGCCAUCACGGUUAUCGGUCGAAUCCCUUAUCGUCGUCCUCCAGUUCUCCGAUGGGAAUUGGUAUGGUGGCGGAAAGCCCUUGCUGCCGUCUUUCUGGUGAAGCACUGUACGGAGACGAAAGUCACACUUCGAGUAGCUCAGGAGGCAGCAUCUGCAGCACCCCAACCGGAUACUGUUGGCUGGGUUCGGAGUCCGAUGAAACCGGCGAAGAUAAUAAUGUGCUAAUUGAUGUCGUCAACGUCGACAACUAUGAUGAAAAGUUUAACCAACGGCUGGACCUUUGCCGAUGGCCUCCGGAUCAAGAAUCUGCAAUGAUUGGCGGAAUUGCCAAAGCGGAAGAGCACUCCGGCGGCUUGCAGGAAAAGUCUGCCAUUGACCGGGUUCGGAAAAGUCUCAUCAGAAGGCGCUCGAUUGAGAGGGCGGAGUUCUUCGAUGAGGACCCAACCAGACCGUCCACCAUAGACGAUAUGAUGAUGCUGGUAGAGUAUGAAGACUCGAAGGAUGGCUCCGGUUUCCGGCAGCCAUCGAAGGCUGUGGAAGAUGAUGUGUUGUGCAGUACUGUCUCAGGUGCGGAUGCUAUGCUUGUGGAGGCUCCGCUGGAUCUCAGCACCCAUCAUCGAUAGACUUAAUUUCCUUCUCCUACUUUCGUGCGCUUGAGUGCACUCACUGUGUGCAUCACUGCGACGAAGACGGUUUUAAGUUUUGUGUUCUUUUCAUGGUAUCUACACUAUACAACAUACAUACAAAUAUAUUGUCAGUUCUAAUCUUUAUUUGUGAUUUGCCUGCAACUUAUCCAGUAGCUUGUGAUAUUACAAGCAUUUUAACUCUGAUGAAAACCAUUUAUGAGAUUCAGUUUUCCUUAUGCUACUAAACCAAAUGGUGUGUUAUGAUUAUUCAAAAUGAUUGUCUGAAAUGAGAAUAGACAUCUGCAAACGUU